UAAAUCGCUCACAAAAUCGAACCCUCUGAAUCGCGCUGCUUGUGUUUUUCCCCACUUAAAAUUGUUUAAAGAAUAUAUUAAAAAAACACAGUCGUCGGUGACUUCGUCGGGUAAAAUUGUGAACUAAUACAACUUGCUUUCGUUUCCAAAACGGUUACAGUUAUGCCAUGUUGCUAAAUGAGUUAUAACCGCGCGGUAAAAUUUUCUACUAAUAGCGGCUGUUUUUAUUUUAUUUGUUAUUAACAAAACAUACGUAUAAACAAUAAUAUUUUAACAACAUAUGGAUAAAACGAGUGCAAAGUAAAUAAAAGUGGAGUUUACGCGUAAUAAAAGCAGCGAAAAAAGGAAAUCCAGGCACAGCAUCCUUCAGCCUGCUUCUUCUUCUUCCUCCCUUUUUGCAUUCCUUUUCGCCGCGUGUGUGUAUUGGUGUGCAUGAAAAUUGCUUUAAAUAAAUGUAUAUUCCAGCUGUCAACAACAAAUUGAUGCAAAAAAUAUAUUUAUAAAAUCGCUAUAUUAAAGAGCGUGUGCGUUAUAUAUUAGCACUCCGAAAUUGCUAUCUCUGUCGGCACCCCGACUUUGUUUUUUAACUGUUACCUAAAAAGAUGGGUGUGUGUGAGUGUGCGUGUGUGUUCCUUGCGGAAAUUAAUUAAAAAACGCACCCAAGUUGCCCCACUCACUCUCUCUCUCUCUCGCUUGGAAGGACACGAAAUGGGAGGCAAAUGAGGAGGCAGCCGGGAAAACAACAAAAAGCCACUUGGAUCUGGAGUUAAAUGGCCAAGGCACGCAGAAAACGCUUCCGUCUGAGGUGUCCGGAAAUAGAGUUAGUCCCAAUUACAAGCCGCUAGGAUGGACAAGCGAUCGGUGUGCCUGCUGCUCAUCUGCAUCAAUGUGUGCCUGGUCAUCUGGCUGGUCAGUGUGCAGCAGUCGCCGAUGCUGGAGCCGGAAAUCAUGGCGGAUUUCAGUGGCACCGGAGCCAGUGGCCUCAGCAGCACCCCACAACCCCCGCAGUCGAGUGCCAAUAGUGGAUUGCCGCGGAGGAGCCGGAGCAGACCAAACCAAAUACAGCCGCCUAGUCCUAGUAGUAGUAGUAGUAGUAGCAACGAUAGUAGCCAAGUAGUUAGCAACUCAUUUGAUGGCAACCACCUGCUGGCCACGCCCCCCGCGAUGGCCUCGCAAACACCCGCCCCUCCGGGCAGCAGUAUGCAUCUGAUGGAUCUGCCCAAUUUCGUGUAUCUAAUGGAUCAGCCCGCCUGUGAUAAGGAUGUACGGGUGCUGAUAUUCGUCCAUUCGGCAGUGAGGAAUGUGGAGAAAAGGAGGAUCAUCAGGGAGACCUGGGCGGACAGGAAGUACAUUGACCAGACCCCGCUGAGGGUCAUCUUCCUGGUGGGCGGAGUGGGCGAGAACAGCGAGAGGUGGCAGCAGUUCCUGGGACGCGAGAACCACCUGCACGGCGACCUCAUCCAGGGCAACUUCGAGGACGCCUACCGCAACAUGACCUACAAGCACGUGAUGGCCCUCAAGUGGUUCAGCGAGAAGUGCGCGCAUGCGCAGCUGCUGGUCAAGGUGGACGACGACGUCUUCAUGAACACCCCGCAGCUGGUCAAGUACUUGGCCACGCCCUCGCUGCCGGAGCACUCGCUGCUCCAGAAUCCCGAGCUGAUGCUCUGCCGGUCCGUCCAUCACUCGAGGGUCAAGCGGUCGUAUCGGUCCAAAUGGCGGGUGACCUACAAGGAGUACCCACAUCGCUACUACCCGGAAUACUGUCCCGGCAUGGCCAUUGUCUAUGCACCGGACGUGGUGCGUCGGCUGUACGAGGCGGCCCAGAAGGCCCAGUACUUCUGGGUGGACGACGUGCUCAUCACGGGCAUCCUGGCCGAGGAGACGGGCAGCAGGAUCACCCCGCUGAAGUACUACCUCGAGCAGAAGGACGUGCGCCAGCUGCUCAGCGGCGAGGCCGAUCUCGAGGAUCCACCGUUCCUCUUCACCAACCACGCCAUCCGGCCGGACGAGAGCAUGGCCAUUUGGCAGAUGGCGCUGGACAGAAUCCAGCGGCCACUGCUCACCCAUCCCGCCUCCUCAUCCCCAUCCGCAUCCGCUUCCAAAUCCCCGCCAGCGUUGCCAAGUGCGAACAUUUCCGAGGCCCAGACGAGCUCCUCGACGGGCUUCAGCUAAUUUCGCUGGCCCCCCACGAUGGAUUAGAUUACGUUUAGUUUCUUUGGCUGUUCAGUUUUAAGUUCUAGGCUUUAGUUUCUAAUUUGUAGUUUAACUGAUUAAUGGAUAGGUAGCAUUUUUUGUCGGGACGAGGACGAACAGAACGGAACAUUGCAAGUCAAGUGAACCACCAACCACCUGCCUACAAUCAUUCGUAUCAUAUGAACCGUAAACCGUAAAUCGUAAACCGUAACUAAUCUAAGGAUUCUACUGAUAGUCAUUUACAUCCAAUGCGAAUCGCUCACCAAAAUCAGAAAGUCAGAAAAUCAGAUAGCCGAAACACCAAACUCAAUAAAACGAUCGCAAUACCUUAAGCA